AUGAUGGUAACACCGCAGCCGCGACAGUUGGAAUUAUCGUGGGAUGUAUCAUUUUGGGGACUGCCGAAAAAGCCUCCAAGGCUUAUUCCAGGGCCCUCAGGACCGCAGGGAGCACCAGGUGUUCAAGGACAACAAGGUCCCCCGGGAGCCCGAGGUUAUCCUGGACCACCAGGGGCAGCUGGGCCGCCAGGUCUGGAAGGACCACAGGGAGCACCAGGUGUUCAAGGACAACAAGGUCCCCCAGGAGCCCAAGGUUAUCCCGGACAACAAGGGGCAGCUGGAUCACCAGGAGUAGCUGGGCCACCAGGAGCACGUGGUGAUCCUGGACACCGAGGACCCCAAGGACCACCAGGAGGCCAAGGACGUCGAGGACGCCGAGGAAGACGCGGGCUUCCCGGGGUUGGUCCGCCAGGCCCUCAAGGAUUGCAAGGUGUGCAAGGAUUGCAAGGAAUCCAAGGGGUGCAAGGAGUCCAAGGACCGCCAGGAUGA